UUUUUCAAUCAAUCUACCGAUGUGGGAGAAAAUAUAACUUCCUUGAGCGGUUAAGCCUAAACCCAAACCCCUAACUCCUCAAAUCAACCAUUUUCAGGUUACCGCCAUUGUUGUAGCUUCUGAUUUUUUUUUUUUUCCAGAAGAGAGAGAACAAUGGACUUUGAUGAUUUAGAUGAUCCGUUUCAAGCGCCGCAGCCGAAACCGUCAAGGUUCGCGCCGAAAGCCGCUAGGUUUCAGCCGAAGUCGACGAAAGGUCCUGGGCUGAAGGUUGAGCCGAAGGUGGAGACGCCGGUGGUGGUUAAGAAGGAGGAGGAUUCGCAUUCGGUGUCUUCCUCUUCUGCUGCUGCUGAGAAAAUGGAUGUUGACGGCAAGGAGUUUUUGGUGAAGAACGGCGGUGAUGAUAGCGCGGAGCUUAAAGAAGAGGAGGAGGAGACGACGAAUGCUAUGGAGGAAGAUGAUGUUGAGGUAGAUCAUGUGGUUGCUGAGUAUGAUGUUUACUACAAUCCUCGUGAUCCUGCUACUCAGUUGUAUGUUUUGCAAUAUCCGUUGAGGCCGUCGUGGCGCCCGUAUGAGUUGGAGCAGCGAUGCACUGAGGUUAGGAUGAAGCCGAAUAGUGGAGAGGUGGAAGUUGAUUUAUCGGUUGACACAAAUUCUGAUAACUAUGAUGGCCAAGAUGAAGAAGGGAAAAUAAACAAGCAGACUUUGUCGUCUUCCUGCAGGCUGCCUCAAGCUACCGGAUAUGCUGUUGGGGUGUUGUCUGGUAAGAAGCUAUAUCUGAACCCAAUUCAUGCAGUUGUGCAGCUACGACCGUCAAUGGAAUAUUUGAAGAAACAUAAUCCAAAGGUCACUGUCAAAAAAGAAGGAUCCGAUAAUAGUGCUAUCGCUGGGCCAUCAAGGAAGCAGAUAAAGAAAAUGGAUCCAGAAGCUGUGGAGUCAUGGAUUUCCCUCAAGUAUCACAGCUCAGGAACUGAACUCGCAGAACGAUAUUUAAGGAAGAUGAUGACAGAACAGAAAGAUCCACUACAGUUUUUGAUGAAUCCGUAUGAUUAUUUGAACUCCUUAUGCCCUGGAGCAGUGAUCAACAAGAUGACGUCAAGAGGGCCAUCUAGACGGUCUCUGCUCUCCCUACCACUGGAGGAACGACUGAAGACAUGGCUUGUUGAGGGACCUUCUGUUCAAAGAUUUAAUGCCAUUAAGCACCUUGCACCUGAUGACCCUGUUGAAGAUGUUCUUGAAAUCCUUCAAAAGUAUGCUUGUUUAGUACAAGGUCUCUGGGUUUCAAAAAGUUCCAUCCGACAUCCAACAGGAAAAGGACCUGAAGUUCUAGUAAGAGAUUAUGCUCUUCUUCUAUUCAGCCAGAGUCCAGUCAUUAAAGACUCAGAAUUAGAUAUUCUGGGAUCUCAGAAAUCUACUGGAAAAGUAGUACUACGAGAAAUAGCUGUUGAGAGACCAAAUUGUAAAGAUUGGAAGUUCAAAGAGCCUACAGAUGUGUCGUUUAUAAAACUUUAUCCAGACGUUGUCGAGCAACAAUUGAAGCUAUGGCAAGAUCGCGAGCAAGUGAUACUACAAAGAAUCAUGGGGCGUAGGCCGAAAUUGAAUAGGCCUGGAUCCUCUAUGCAAUCUGAUGAAGGUUCUGUAAAAGCUACAAAUGUAGCACGCUCCGCAAGCAUUUCCAUGUCAAAAGAAACUCAAGAAGCGCUACCCAAAAUUUUGAAAAAGCUUUUCCAAUCUCACAAAGUUUGCAGCUUUCAAACAAUUUGUCAAGGCCUGAGGGACAUGGCGGUUUCUAUGUCUGCCCUCCCAAAGACUGAUGGCAGAGCUGCUGUGGCUGCAGCAAAGGGUGUUGAUGCCCCUCAAGAAGAGCUUCAGGCUGCUAUAUGUGAAAUCGCAUAUAAUGUCCAUGGAGUCUACGUGUUGAAGUCCUCAGAGCAUCCAGAAUUUGAUUCAUUGAGAAAAUUAGUCAUUGACCUUUUUCUUGGAAGUGGACCUAAUGCAAAGCUUAAGAAAGGUGAAUUUAUGGAAGCUGCCAAAAUCAGACUUCAAAAGGAGCCCACUAACAGUGAAUUUCAGAAGGUGAUCACUGAAAUGUGCGUAUCAAAGGGAGGGGCAUGGGUACUAAAGAGUGGCGAUGGAGUCCCAAAAUGAUCUCGUUAAAGUAUUUUGGUAGAGUAUGCAGGAAUACCAGUUUUGUCAUUGCUGCUGAUAUUGUCCAGCGAAAAGACCCGGAGGUAUCGGAUGCUUAAGAAAGCCAUAGAUCGAGCUCAUAGUGCACAGUCUUUCAAAGAUGGGUUGAUUGAGUAUAAUGAUAGGAAGACAGCAGACAGGCAGGCCCUCAAGCUAAGAUGGCGGUAGAUAUGGAGGCACUAACCAUCCUUUUUUGUGUGUUUGUGUGGGGGGAUUCUUAUUGCUAAUUGGGAGAACGUCAUAUUUUCGUAAAUAGUAUAGUAUACCAGUGUUUGAUCCGGUGCAACGUAUUGAUAUUCAUGAAUGACGGUUAUUUUGAAGGUUCUACUUGGAAUGUUGGAUUAUACAUACAACCAAUCUUUAUCAAUAUAUAGUGAUUUGGUCAAUGGGGCCAUCUAAAAGCAUUA